UUUGACAGAUAAAAUCAGAAAGGUCGUCAACUUCCAUUGAACUACUUAAUUAUAAUAUUAACAAAGCAAAAUUGAAUCAAAUAACAACCUUUUUGAUCAUAAAAUUAAAGUCUUUGAAGUUGUUGAUUUGUCAAAGAUUUAUGUAAAAAUGAUAUUCUGUUAGUUACCAUCAUUGUAGGGAGUGUUAAAUAUAUUUUUUUGAAGUACUGCGAUGGCUGAUGAUGAAGAGGGUGUUUUUGGAGGUUUGUAUGAAGACGGCCAUUGGGAAUGGAAUGAAAAUACAAAUACCUUACAUUUUAUAAGCGAUUUACCUCCACAACCAGUGGAAACUAUUCAGAUAUCAACAAAAGCGCCCACUGGAGCCAUAGAGUUUCGAGACGAUGUAGAUUUAAUUGAACAGAUACGGUUUCGCAGGCGUUACCAAAGGAAGUUGCAACCCGGUCAGGCAGACGUUAUAACUCUUCAGGAUGUAAAGGAUAUUGCAAUAUUUACUGCACCUGUCGGUAUAUUAAGUCCAGUAUUGAUUAAUAUGCUUCAUCUUCCCACGACAGAAAGGUUUUUGAGAGCACUGAUUCUAUGUUGCCAGUACUAUUUACAGAUUGCAGAUGAAAUGGCAAAUCGUAUAAUAGAAUUGGAAGCAAAAGUUCGAACGCCGGAUUGUGAGAUAAUCGAAAACGAAUACCGCGAUAACUUAGCCGAUCUGCGAUUGUUAGUCGCCAAAGAAUAUUGCACAAUAUUAAUAGGCGGAGGUGAGACUAGAAAGUUCCAUCACAUGGGCCCACAGAAAAAACGUCGAUCACUAUCAGAUAAAGACGCUCGUUUAUUCGAAACACUGUUGCGAAUGUGCGUCCAAGUUGUUUGGCUGGCUUUGGGAAGGAAAUCCUUUAAUCAGAUUGAAUUGGAAGUGAAUCGAGUCUUCAAAUCUGAUAUAUUCAAUACAGUUGAGCACACUCUGAAAACCGGCUAUGUCGGUAAAAUGACAAAGGAAGAGCGUUCAGUUUUAUUUGGAAACUGCAUUCGUUACGAUAAAAAGUUGAACACAAAAUCGCCAUUGACCAACGAAGUGUUUUGUUCUAGAGAUGUCGAUUAUCGUGUUAUGGGUCUUGGAGUCAUUAAAUGCCCUCACCUAACUUCUCGUUUGCAAUAUUUACUUUUGACAAUAGCCGGUCCUGAGGAGAAUUUUACUGAAUCCGGUAUAGUUCUCGGUAUUAUUGGUUUGCCACGUUCUGCUUUCGACACGAUGCUUAGACCCCUACCGACUGCUACGGAAGGAAAAUCUAAAGCUUCAAUGUCUUCGACAAGCAACCGGAGCUCUAAAAGUGCAGCGUCUAUGAGGAAAAGCUCUCAUGUCGUCCAAAAAUUAUAUCCUGACAUAACACUACCACGAAAGGAAUCCAAGGAUGUACGCUUUCCGCCGUCGUUUCCCGAUGAGCCAGAGAAAAUCCGUCAAUGUAACGAAAUGCAGCGACGGCGGUGGCUAAAUAGGCUUAGUAAACUGAUGAAUCUGCGCUAGAUAGAAGUUUGUUAAAAUCUACCUUAAAUAUCUGAAGCGUUCUCCGUCUGUACAUAUCGGAUCGAACACAGAUAGAUUGUAAUUAAAUAAUGAACACGUAAUACUUUAAAAUGUGUAUUUUUAUAUGUAGGUAUUUUUUUGGACCAUUACCGUAUCGUUAUGGUCCUAAAGGUUUUGUUGGUUACAAUUAACUUUACAUUUUUUGUUACUAUUUUUAUUUUGUAUUUAAUAUGUAUUUGAAUAAAUAUUACUUUAAUACGU